CAAUCAGAGCGGGCGGUGUGUCGGUCAUUGUAGCUGGAUGAGUAUGAUGUCGGAUGUCAACUGGGUAUAAAGGAAGAAAAAGGAGGUGCAGAGAAGGAAUUUGGGGCGCUUAUCGAGGAGGGACAUGGCCCAGGAGACCAACCAGACCCAGGCCCCUCUGCUCUGUUCCACCGGCUGCGGUUUCUACGGCAACCCCAGGAACAAUGGCAUGUGCUCGGUGUGCUACAAAGACUUCCUUCAAAGACAGAACAGCAGCGGACACGUCAGCCCGGCAGGCUCUUCUGCUGAGAGCAGCGUUGGAGAGUCUCUGCUCGCUCAGCGCUCCGACGGCGCAUCAGUCGUUUCACCAGCAGCCUCGUCCCCGGCACACACUCAGCCCGCUCACUGCAGUGGGACGCCUACAGCCUCGGCGACCCCAGAGGAGGGGAGCAGCUCAGGAGCAGCCGUCACUCUGACAGCAGAACAGCUACCCACGUCUGAACCGGAGGUGGUUGUGGAGUCUUCGGCUCAGACCGAGGAGAAACCCAAACCCAAGAAGAACCGCUGCUUCACCUGCAACAAGAGAGUCGGACUGACAGGCUUCGACUGUCGCUGCGGGAACGUCUUCUGCUGCCUGCACCGAUACUCCGACGUCCACAACUGCACCUUCGACUACAAAGCCGACGCGGCGGAGAAGAUCAGGAAAGAAAACCCCGUCAUCGUCGGCGAGAAGAUCAAGAAGAUAUGAACGCAGCCGGAGAAUAAAACCCCAGACGACUGGACGCUCCCGGCCUCAUGCUCCUGUUUCUUUCCUCUUCUUUUCGGAUUCCUCUGAUGAUUCAGACGUUUGCCAGUGAACUCCUUGUUUGUAUGAUUCUAAUCUGAUUUCUAUUUUGCGAACACUGAAUAUGAGAGCGUUUUAUGUUAUUCAAGCCCUGUCGCUUUUCCAAAUAUAUAUAAAUAUAAGUUCACAAAGUGCACGUACGCUUGCCAGUGAUUUCUCCGUUCAUCACCUCGCCUCUUCCUGUGUAGCCUCGUUUCUCACCCCCAUGUCGUUAAGAGUUUAUAAGAAGUGGCUGCUGGUUUGAUUCUUCCUCACAAGACUGCGUGUGUGUGUGUGUGUGUGCGUGUGUGUGUGCGUGUGUGUGUGUGUGUGUGUGAGACGGGUGUUCAUGAAAAGCAUGUUUGAGUUUGUAGUUCAUAUUAAGAAAAGAAGGGCCAAUAGUUACUGUGGUGUAUUUAUGUUGAUGGACUGUGUUUAUUUCUAAUGAAAAAAUAAAAAAAAGACGAUAUGA